AUGUGUGGGUCAUCGCCUCAAGUCACAAAAGGAACACGAGCCUUAAUUUUAGUUGGGGGUUAUGGCACAAGAUUGCGUCCGCUAACAUUGAGCACACCAAAGCCACUGGUGGAGUUUGCCAAUAAGCCAAUAUUACUGCACCAACUGGAGGCAUUGGUUAGUGCGGGAUGUAUUCAGGUCAUCUUGGCUGUAUCGUAUCGUGCUGAACAAAUGGAAAAAGAAUUAAAAAUCGAAGCAGAAAAACUGGGCGUAGAAUUGAUAUUUUCACAUGAAACUGAACCGCUGGGAACUGCCGGACCUUUGGCCUUGGCUAAACACAUUUUAAGUGCCAGCAAUGAACCUUUUUAUGUUCUAAACUCGGAUGUCAUUUGCGACUUCCCAUUCAAACAAUUGGAACAAUUCCAUCGCAAUCACGGCAAGGAGGGCACAAUAGUCGUGACCAAAGUAGAAGAACCCUCCAAAUAUGGUGUAGUGUUAUACGAUGAACACGGUUGCAUCAAAAGUUUCAUAGAGAAACCACAAGAAUUUAUUAGUAAUAAAAUCAAUGCUGGCAUUUAUAUAUUUAAUCCAUCCGUGUUGGAUCGCAUUGAAGUUAAGCCCACAUCAAUAGAAAAGGAGGUAUUUCCUCUAAUGGCUGAACAGCAUGAAUUGUAUGCCAUGGAAUUGCCGGGAUUCUGGAUGGAUAUUGGUCAACCAAAAGACUUUUUGACGGGAAUGUGUCUCUAUUUGAAUUCCGUGCGACAAAAACAACCGGCUAAUCUUUACACUGGUCCGGGUGUUGUUGGCAAUGUUCUUGUCGACCCCACAGCCAAAAUUGGUCAAGGCUGUCGAAUUGGUCCCAAUGUUACAAUUGGUCCAGAUGUUGUCAUCGAGGAUGGUGUCUGUAUUAAACGCUCUACCAUACUCAAAGGAGCUAUUGUUAAGUCACACUCCUGGUUGGAUUCCUGUAUUGUUGGUUGGAGCUCAAUAGUCGGUCGUUGGGUCCGACUGGAGGGUACCACGGUGUUGGGUGAAGAUGUCAUUGUUAAAGAUGAAAUAUACAUAAACGGUGGCCAGGUGUUGCCGCAUAAAAAUAUCGCAGCCAGUGUACCAGAACCUCAAAUUAUAAUGUAGAUUCAACAAAA